UUCAGUGAUAUCACCUGUAGUUGUACCUGCUCACGAGUUUGGUCUUAGUGUAGAAUCACAGUCUAUCAUUACCGGUCAUUUUCUCGUCUUAAAAAUGCGAGAAAAUAAGAAAGACUUAUUAUCACAAUCAUUGAAUAUAGCCAUUGUUAUUAGUGUUUUUUGUGUAAAUUUUGCAUAUUCACAAAUAAAUAAUGGAUCUGUAGUGUGUAAUAAUUCUAGUUUACCGUUAUUAGCAUCAAUUGAUCAUGAAAAAUUAUCUGAUGAUUGGUCUGUAGCUCCUGAAGCACCUAUUGAAAAUGAUGAAGAUGUAGUAAUAAAGCCUAGAAUAUUAGAGAUCGUUGGAGAUGAUGAAACUGUAAAGGAAAAUUAUUCUGAUAAUAAAAAUGAAAAUGAAGAAUUUCUUAAUCCUGAAGUGGAAGUUGAAGAUGUAAAUGGAGAACAUCACGAUCAAGUAGAAAUAGCAAAAAGUCUUCUAAAUGGGAGCAACAUUAUGAAAAGUGAAAAAUACGUUCGUUAUGAUUCAGAAGAUCCUGAAGCAAAUAGAUAUGCUCCAUCACCGGAAUUUACCAUUGGUGAUUAUGUGAUACCAGAAGACCGAUGGCGCAAAAUUCGAUCAGAAAUGAUGUAUUGGUAUUUUGACAAGGGUGGUGAUAAUAAUAUGGGUGACUACCAAACCGAUGUACACUCUUCAAUGCCCCAGAUCCAUAAAAAUUUUAAUUUCCAACUACCAUUUUUUGGCUUCCGCUAUAAUUAUACUCGAAUUUCUAUGAACGGUUAUUUGGAAUUCAGUGAUCCACCAGAAUAUUACACAUAUCCAUUAGUUUUUCCUGUCAAAGAUUGGCCGAAGAAAAAUGAUCCUGCUUUUAUCGGUAUCUUUUUUAGUAAAUGCCGAAUUGGUAAACUUAGACCCACUGAUAACGAUCAACGUAAACCGGGUAUCUACUUCAGACAAGAAAGGGAUUUGCAAAAAAGAACUGACCAAUUUGGCGUAGAAAUGAGAGAACGAGUGAAGUGGGAUAUCAGAGAAGGAGUUGUGGGUUCAGAUUCUUUUGAUCCGAAGCAUGCAGUUAUUGUAACAUGGAAAAAUAUGUCAUUUGCUGGUGGUAUCGAUAAUUCUUUGUUCAAAACCAACACUUUCCAACUAGUAUUGGCCACCGAUGAAGUUUACACAUAUGCAAUAUUCAAUUACUUGGAUUUACAGUGGAGUAGUCAUACUGAAGCUGGUGGUGAUACCACUGGUGGUGAAGGUGGAGUUCCAGCUUAUAUUGGAUUUAAUGCUGGAAAUGGAACACGAAGCUACGAAUAUUCUCCCUAUUCCCAAGCAUCAACUUUGAGAGAUUUAACCAGUCGUGGAUGGGCUAAUGGAUUUAGAGGACGACAUAUAUUUAGAAUUGAUGAAAAAAUCAUGCUUGGUACUUGUAAUAAGGAUAUCGCUGGUGCUAAUCUCCCACUCGUUUUUGCACCCGAAAGUGGAAAUAUGCUUGGAGGAACAGUUGUAAAUAUCACUGGACCAUGUUUUGAGAAAACCGAUAAAAUACGAUGUCGAUUUGAUACUGAAGAGGUUGUUGGUACGGUGAUAGAUAGAAAUCGGGCUAUCUGUGUACAACCAUUCGUUAAAGCUGAAGGUUAUAUUCGAUUUGCGGUGGCUAUUAAUAGUGGCAGAUAUGAUUGGAAAGGAAAAUACUUUAUUGAAACUCCUGCUACCGCAACAGAGAAAAUAUUCUUCUCAACUAGAGCAGUUCAUGAACGCGAUCCUCGAGAGAUCAAAAUCACCUGGGAUGCAUAUAAUCUAACCAGUAACUUGAAUGCUGAAGUUCAGAUAUCAAUUUGGGGGUAUCGCGAGACGACUAUCCGACCUGAAUUUGAAUAUAUCGAUUUACUUGAGAGAGGUGUCAUUAAUAAUGGAGAAUAUACCAUCGUGCCAGCCUCUUAUAGAAAUCGAGAAAAUCCAUAUCAUAUCGAUAUGCAAUUCGGAUUCAUACAAAUUAAUUUAACUACUCCCACUGAAUAUUCCGGUUUAGAAAUUACUCCUGUUCUGUGGAGUAAACCGAUUCCUCUCGCUUGGUAUUUUGGUCCACAGUGGGAAAGGUUAUAUGGAAAUAAAUGGCCUCAAAAAAUGUGUGAUCGAUGGAUUAUGAAUGAUCGAUAUUUAAAAAAUUUUGCUGCAGAAGUUGCAUUAUGUCCUUGCAAAAUGGAACAUGCAUUUUAUGACAAAGGACGAUUUUUACCAGACUAUGAUUGUGAUAAGGAUUCUAACCCUGACUGUUAUUAUAAUCAAGGCGCUGUUCAUUGUGUCAAAACUGGUGCACCAAACUUGGAUGGAUCUGAACAACAGUGCUGUUAUGAUAAAAAUGGGUAUUUGAUGUUGACUUAUGAUCAACAAUGGGGCUCGAAACCUCAUCGAUCUCACAAUUUAGGAUUCUUACCAUGGAAUGAAGCUAACAAAGUUCCUACUCUCUCACAUUGGUAUCAUGACGUAGUGCCAAUGUACUCUUGUUGUUUAUGGCAAGAGGAACAAGCAGUUGGUUGUGAAACUUUAAGAUUUGAGAGAAGACCGAGUCAAGAUUGCAUUGCAUAUCAACCACCAGCUGUAGCAGCUGUGUUUGGAGAUCCUCAUAUAGUAACUUUCGAUAAUUUAGCAUAUACAUUUAAUGGCAAAGGUGAAUUUGUUUUGGUACGUGUUGAUGAUGAAAAAGACAAGUUAGAUAUACAAGGACGGUUUGAGCAAGUUGGAAAUAAUUUUUACGGUGAAGUUCGUGGAACUCAAUUAUCAUCAGUAGUAGCUCGUGGAAAUAAUUCUGCAAUAAUAGAAGUUCGGAUAAGACCACCCAUAGCUCAAUGGAGAUAUCGUUUGGAUGUUUUUGCGGAUAAACGUCGUGUUUAUUUCGAUCGACAAUCUUUAAAAUUUCAACACUUCCCUGGCGUUGUUGUUUAUACUCCUACGUAUAUAUUAAAUCAAAGUGAAGUUAUAAUCAUGUUUGAUACUGGUGCGGGCAUUGAAGUAGUUGAAAAUCAAGGGUUCAUGUCUGCAAGGGUUUAUCUACCAUGGACUUAUAUGAACAAGACAAAAGGUCUGUUAGGAAACUGGAGUAAUGAUAUUUUAGAUGACUUUACAUUACCUGAUGGACGUCAAGUUCCAAUUGGAAAUCUUGAUAAUUUCGAAGCAGCUCAUAAAGAUUUCGCUAUCAACUGGAUGCUGGAAGAUAAAAGCGAUCAAUAUAAAGGAGGCACUUUGUUUGUACGAGAAUUCGGAAGAACCGCUAGUCAUUUUGCUAAUAAAACAUUUGCUCCUGAAUGGCGAAGACGGCCGGAAGAUUUUAUUUCCUUUAAUCGUUCUAUUGAUAUUACCCGAGCUCACGAAUUAUGCGGAGAAUCAUAUCAAUGCCAAUAUGACUAUGCAAUGACUUUAAAUCGCGAUUUAGCACAUUUUACAAAAAAUUAUUACGACACUCUUACUCAAAUUAAAACAAUCAAUUCUGAAAGAACUAUAUCUUGUGGUAUUCUUGAAACUCCAAGAUUCGGACGAAAGAGUAACUUUUUAUUUGUACCUGGUACAAAAGUAACGUUUGAAUGUAAUCAAGACUUUGUUUUAAUUGGAGAUCAACGUCGCACUUGCAUGCCUGAUGGUCGAUGGGAUAUUCCAGAAUAUGGAUAUACUGAAUGCCUUCGUCAAAUUGAAUAUUCUCAACGUACUGCCUGGACAACUAUGGGUAUUAUAAGUGCAUUCCUAAUCCCUGCUCUCGCUCUUAUCGCAGCAAUUUUUGUUUGCAUUCGAAAGAAUCAAAAACAAGAUAGCUCGACGAAAUCGUGGCGUUUUUCUGAACGUGGUUCGGGAAUUGAUAAUGAUUCAUCUUUAUCACUUCGAGCAACACCUUUAAAAGCUUUUGACAGAGCUAUUUCCCCCAGUAGUGACUCAAGCAUUAAUACCAGUGGAAGUUUAAUGAAACGACGAACUUAUGACGGAGUUUAUUAUACCCAUGAACCUUUACCUAACAGACCAAAUAUUGAGUUUGAGGAUAAGGAAUGGGAUUUGAAAGAACCUAGUAGUUCUGAUUCGACAUCCGAUAGAAAAACUGCCAGUCCUAGUAAAGAAAGUGACGUGUAGCCUUCUGGUUCACUUUUUUAAGGAAAUCUAACUCAUUAGUUAUAAGUUUUAUAUAUUUACAAAUGAAAUAUUUUAAUAUUAGUAAUAAUCGUUGGUUACCUUUUAUAACAUAUUAAAGAAGUUAAAUUGUUUUAAAAGAUUUGACUUUUUAUAUGAAUAAUCAAUAUUUCUGUAUGUUGUGUGGAAUAGAAAUAUUU